GAGGAGGUGAGGCCAGUGGUAGAUGCUUGCCAAGAGGUGGGGCGGGUGGAGAUGGGCACCAGCCCCAUUCCAGCCCCAGAACCUUGUGCCCUGAUGUGCCUCAUCCACGCUGGCACAAUGCAAACGCCGAUAAACACGUGGAGAUUGUUGGCAGAAGGAUUGGACCGCAGCCGGGUCACAUACCAAGAGGCCAGCACUGCAGUUACUCCUGUGGGAACAGAGUGUGCCUCGACCUGUGUGACCCCCGUUAACUUGGCUGAGAAGGCAAUCAAUACGUCUGCAUCAGAGGGUGCCUGUGCCGAAAUGAUGGACAGUGCAGUGCUCACAGAUUCUUUACUCUGGAACUUUUCCCGAGAGGCUCUGGAAUCAGUUCCACGAGAGGAUUUGGAACGUCGACUAGAGACUUCCUUGCUCAUCAAUGAGGUUCUCUCUGGCCAACUGAAAGACCUGUCCAAGAGUAAAGAUCUGGGCCUCUGGGCUGGGCCAGCAGAUCAGAGGGAUACCUUCACCCAGACUGACAGUUCGCAGACUCCCGAGGUAGAGGAUCAUUACCGCAGCUUGUACCUGCAGCAUGCCAGCAGAGUGCAAGAUCUGGAGCAGACUCUGGAGCAGUACCUGCAGCUCCACAGUGCAAUCUGUAACAGCCGCAAGCAGCAAAAUUUGCUGAUGCUGGAGGUUGAAGAGUGUUUGGCUGGUGCAGAUGGAGCUUAUGAGGAAAUGAAGAACACCCAACUGAACGUGCAGGAGCAGCUGAAAGGUGCCAGGGAUCUUGCCCGCCAGAGUACUAUCCAGCUCCAAGCAAUGACUCGGGUAACAGCGAAGGCCCUGGAGGAGAAAACAGUGCUAAAGAAAACGGCAGAUGAAGCUGAAUGGAAGAUGGUUAAUAUGCAACAGGAACUGGAACAAACUGCUUACGAGCUCCAUGGUGCCCUGGACAAAGUCAAACGGAUGGAAUGUGAGAAUCUGCAGCUGAAAUCUGGGCUGGAAAUCUUGACCAGUCAGCUAGCCAAAGUGGAGGAAGAACGCGACAAGCUGAUGAAGGACAACAGUAAAUACUUUGUGGAACUGGCAACAACUGAGGCAGCACUGAAACUUUCUGAGGCAGCACUGGUUGAGAGAGCAGAAAAGUUGCAGACCUGUGAAGCACAGAACAAGGAGCUGUCAGAUACUCUAACGGCGAAUGUAAAAAGUCUGGAAGAAGCUAUAGAUAAACUAAAGCAGCAGAAGGAAGCUUUAGAGCUGUCUGAGGCUGAGGUCGCCCGCUUAACUAAGGCUCUGGCACUUAAAGAUGAGGAGCUACAAGAACUGUCCGAUACCCGAGCCGAGGCUGCAUUGAUAGCAGACUAUAACAAGUUUAUGGAGCAGGAGCUGAAGGUGUCCCGUGAGCAUUUGCUGGAGAUGGAAGGGCAGCUCAGUGAACACGUCCGCCUCCUGCAUGAUCGCAACCUGCAGUGUGAGGAGCUGCGGGCUAAGUGUGAGGAGUGCCAAAGGAACCUGGAUACAGUUAAGGAGGAUGCACGAGGGAUGUUGCUGGAGAUGGGACAACAGAUGAACCAGGCCACAGUAGAGAUCUCUGCUCUGAAGGCUCAAAUACAAGAAGUCAUCAAGUCAGCUGGAGCCACUAUAAAGAACUGGCAUCAGAAUCAUCCAGUAGCCGCUGCAAAGACUAACCAACUACUCCCAGGAAACCAAGCACAGGAGGAGACAGCAAAGGAAGUGAAAGAGAGUGUCAAAGCCAGUGAAGAGCAUCACGAAGGGCCUCUGUGUAACAUCAGGAGCGACCAGAGUGCCUUUGCUCCCAUCAGUUCAACAGUGCCGAAUUCACCAGACCGUAAUAAAGUAGCUCCUCUUGACAUUGAAAGCUGUCCUGGGCUCAACUCUUGUGAAGGCACCAUAACUCCCAAGAAAAUGGAAACAGAGGAUACUUUGUUGCCCACUGUGGCUGAGCUACGAGAGUCCACCCAGAAGCUCCUUGAGGUAAUACAGCUGCGGGUAACGGACCUACAAGAAGAGAUAUCUACAAUGAGAGAGCAACGGAGGGCCACGUUCAGCAAGAACUGGUCAGAAUUGAGCAGUCUACAGAGCAAGGUUCUGACCUUGGAAACUGAGAACAGAAGGCUGAACCGAGAUCUUCAGGCGCAUGUUAAGACUAACUCUGAGUUGAAGAAUGCUGUAAGUCUUCAGGAUGAAACAAUCCUUGAAUUCAAUAAGCAGAUGGAGACUAAUUUGAAAGAACACACCGAGUUUUUGGCCAUGAAGGAAGAAGUCACUGGUUUGAAACGGCAACUCCAGCGCUCCGAGUGUGAGGCUGAAACCUGCCAUGAAGAGUUGACCAAACUACAGACCUCAGGUGGAGUACUCAACACGAACUGGCUUGAAGAGAAAGUAGAACUUCAUUACCAAGUGAGGAAGCUACGAGAGGCUUAUGUGCAGAAGGACAUUGAUAUGCAGGAACUGAAGGUGAAAAUGUAUAAUCACAAAACGAUCCUUGAAGAAAAUUAUCAGAAAGCAGAGGCAGAGUUGGCUAAACUCGACGACCUGAUUGAGCAUGUCAGACUAGUUCUCCUGUCAGUGCCCAAUGUUGUUGCAAGCUCAGUAGAGCUGAGGGGUCUCCUGCUUGAUCUUGGAGAAGAUAUAGAAGCAUAGAGGUGGUGUUUCACCCACUGAUCACUUGGAGGGGAAAGGAAUGAACAGUGGUUGCAGUAAGGAGUGACACAUAGGGUAAAGUUAUGGUGACAUUUUCUGACUCAGUAAUAAUAUAUUCAUUUUCUGGGACCAAUCCUCUGUACACGAGUGUCAUACGUUCAAGUCAGUUGUCAUCUUUGAAACAUCUGGAACUAUGGGGAGCCCAGGUGUUUUGGCUGAAAAUCAAAGUUGACUGGCCAAUCCAUCAAUCUAUCCUUUUUCUCCUGUGGUAUAAAUUGUUGUUAUUGUUUAAAGUUGGCAUUCUUAUGUUUGUCUUGAUCAGCAGAAGAGACACACAAUUUAGCCACAUGUCUCUGUUCAGCAAGAUUCAAGUUCUGUAUUGCAAAACAUAGAUCUUCAUUGUGUACCUCUGAUUCAAUUCAUGCUUCGAAGUACCAAAACCCCUGCAAACUGUGUAAAUGGCAAGCAAAGUAUUAUUUAUAAAUAAAAGGUGGAACU